AUGAUGGAUCUCGAGAGUCAGUUUCUUGAAGAAGGACUGCUGUUACCGCAGGUGAUGGUGUCGAGGAGGAAGGCCGGCUCUUCAACGUCAGGCGUCUGGCGGGUGUGUGGGGUCCUGCUGGCUGUGGCCCUGUGUGCCGCCGCCGCUGUCUGCUUCACGCUCAAUAAGUCUCAGAACAAUCAGGAAGGUGGAAAUGAGCUCAGGCUCACAUUAAGAGAUCAUCUUUCAAAAGAAAAUGUCACUUCCAAGGCUGCCAUCCAUUUAACAGGUGCAUUUGAACCUAAGGUGUCCACAGACAGCCUAGACUGGAAAAAGAACCAGGACCAGGCUUUCGCUACAGGCGGCUUGGAUUUAGUGGAAGGGGAGAUCAUCAUUCCUACUGACAGCAUUUACUUCGUCUACAGCCAGGUGUCUUUCCACAUCAGCUGCAAGACUGACAUGCCUGAGGACCACGAUGCUGUGCAUAUGAGCCACGCGGUAGAGCGCUAUUCCGAUUCCUAUGUCGACUACAAGGCACUUUUCAGCGCAAUCCGCUCCGCCUGCGUGAAUGCACCUGACACUGACGACCUGUGGUACAACACGAUUUAUCUCGGCGCGGCCUUCAGCCUGCGAGCCGGAGACAAGCUGCGCACCAAAACAACGAAAGAACUCCUGCCGCGCGUCGAAAGCGAUAACGGAAAGACCUUCUUUGGGGUGUUUGCUCUGUGA